AUGACGUCGCCCCAUUCGUGCGGCCGCCACCUGUCGGUCCUCUCCCGUCGUCCCCCCGUCGUGCGCGUCGUCGGUCCGUCUCGCUGCUUCACGUCCACGAACUCCGUCCGCCCACCACCCGCUGCCGUCCGCGUGUUCUCGGGCAUCCAGCCAAGUGGGGUCCCCCAUUUGGGCAACUACUGCGGCGCCAUUUCUAAAUGGGUCCAGUUGCAGUCCGCCACCUGUGACGCGUCGAUCAUUCCCACCAAUGCCACGUCAAUGGCGUCAUCGCCGCCAGCUGUUUUGUGCUCCGCCAAUCACCGGUCCGCCUCUCCCUCCGCGGCCACUUCAACAUGUACCCAUGUCAAGUCGCCCGUAGCUGCUGGAGUUGCACCACUGCCCACGCGUUUGUUUGCGGUCGCGGACCUGCACGCAAUGACUGUCCCGUUUGACGCAGCGCACUUGACCGCGCGCGUGUAUACGGCCGUUGCCGCGCUAUUGGCCGCGGGCAUUGACCCCACGCGGUCGAUUGUGUUCCGCCAGUCCCAUGUCGCGGCCCACGCAGAGCUCAUGUGGCUCUUGAGCUGCGUGACGCCGCUCGGAUGGCUACAUCGCAUGACGCAGUUCAAGCACAAGACCAGAGCUCCACAGCAGAAGGAGCAGAGGGAAGAGAAAAAGCAGCGCGACGGACAAUGGGGUGCGUCGAUUGAGACGGAGAGUUCGCUCGGAUUGUUGUCGUAUCCAGUGCUCAUGGCCGCAGAUAUUCUGCUGUACCGAGCGAUGCUCGUGCCGGUGGGCGACGACCAGCUGCAGCACUUGGAGCUCGCUCGCAUGAUUGCUGCGGCAUUUAACAACCGCUUUGGACGGGAGCGGGAAGAGGGUGUGGAGAGCGCAGGGAAGAAGCGCGACCGUGCGCCUGUGCUGUUGAAGCCGUGGCCGAUGGAAGACAAAAAAGACGCGAGAAUGGACAUGGGGAGGAUGGGUGAAGCGCAGCGCCAGUCGCGUGCGCGGAUCAUGAGUUUGCGGGACCCGACAGUGAAAAUGAGCAAGAGCGACGCGUCGGCGAUGAGUCGCAUUGAGCUCACUGACUCUGCAGAUACGAUUCGCAAGAAGCUGCGCAAGGCAACGACCGAUGCAGUGCGCGGCAUUUACUACGACCGACGCGAGAGACCUGGGGUCAGUAACUUGCUGGACAUUGCAAGUGCUGUCACGGAGCAAAGCGUCGCGCAGCUUGAGACGCAGUAUGCUGACUACGGCACGGGUGCAUUCAAAGACUGUGUGGCUGACGCGGUGAUUGCAAAGAUCUGCCCGAUCGGAGAGCGCAUCAAGCAGUAUGAGGCCAACUUGGACUAUCUCGACCAAGUGCUGGCGGACGGUGCAGCUCAAGCUUCUGAGAUGGCUGCUGUGACAAUGAAGGAAGUGAAGGAGGUCAUGGGUCUCGUGAAGUCGUAG